CCAAAUUGAAAAACCUAACCCUCGAACCCUUAACCAAGCCACCGAAACCCCUUCCCCAAACCCAGCAGCAUACACGAACCGGGAAACAGAGAGAAUGAGACCGAGAGAGGGAGGCGCAUCGCCGGUAGGGAUUGAGCUGCCGUCGCGUCGUCGUUGAACUGGAGGGAAGAGCUGCCGCCGCCACGCCUCACCGUCGAAGCUCCACGUUGUUGUUACCGCCGUUCGCGAAGAGAGAGGAAGCCCGCGAAGUCGCUGCUGAGCCACCGCCGCUGUAUCCUACCUGCGCCACCGUUCAAGCCCAUCGCCGUCCAUAGAGUCGCGAGGAGCGCCGCCGUCAUCGUCGUGAUGUGUGGGCUUAUCGCAGAGAGAAGAGACAGAACGCGACGGGAGAGGGAGGGGGACCGUUCCCGGCGCGGUCGUGCCGUGAACGUCGUCGUGGCCGUCGUCGUCGCCGUGCGUUGUUGCCGCCGUCCAAGCCAUCAAUGAAGGGAACCUUACCGCUGUGUGCUAAGAAGAGGAAGCAGCGCUGCCUUUCCAUCGCCGCUGUUGCCAGGGUUUGUGGAGGAGAACAUCGCCGUCGCCGUGGGUGGAGUCCACCGUCCGAGCUGCCAGCAGAGGAAGCCGCUGCUACUGUGUGUACAGAGAAGAGUAGCGUCGUGAGAAUCAAGGGAAGAAGACGCCGUUCCGCCUCUGCUUCUGGUUUCUGGAAUCUGACAGAGGACCGCUGCCGUCGAUCGGAGAUGCCAAACCUGCCGCUGCUGGUGGUGGAUUCGGAAUACUGGGUUGUCGCGUUUAAACUCUGCAAUUUCGAUACUGAGUUACACAGGUCCGGAGACUCAGUUUGAAGCCGCGGACGAUUAUUAGACUUAUUUAUGAGUUAAGUUGUUUUCAUAAAGUUCUUUCGCCUUUGUUGAUUAAAAUUUUAUUUUAUACAGAGGGAUAGGAGUUGUAUCUGAGUUUCAUUUGAAUUCUUUUGUAUACUAUUUAUUAUUAUUAAUAAUUAUGUGAUUAUUAUUA